CCACCAGUGACAUACCAACCGAUGACGAGACGCAGGUGCCAUCAUCAGGACCACUGGCAUGUGGCCGAAGCUUUGUUAUUUGUAGCUCCCUCCAUGGCGGCAACUCUGCCAACGCUUCGAGCUUCACAACUAUCCCCGCUGCAGCUGUGAGCAAAAUCAUACCAAUUGGCAUUCCCACUUCUAGCAACAUGGACAUCGCCCGCGAGGGCGACUCGCCCAAUAUCAGGACCGCGAAGAGGUCUUUGCUCAACAGUAUCCUGGUGGCUAUUUCCUUGGUGUUGCUCUACGCUUUGGCGGCAUUUGCCUACUUGCUCUUCUACCAAAACUACCUGCCCGACCAAAUAACUACUGUUCCGAUACACUUGCAAUAUGGAUACGGCCAACACCCAUAUGGCAUUGCCUCCCUGGAGGCUAAGAAUCUCAAGGACAACCAACUCUACGACAUCACCGCCUCGCUGACCCUGCCUCGCUCCCCCGCCAACCUCGAGCGGGGCAACUUCAUGGCCGCCAUGUACCUGCUCGAUCGCGACGGCACCGCCCCGCCUAAGAAGCCGGAGACGACCGCGGCUAUGUUAAAGCCUGUGGAAAUGCCAGGCUCCCUGGAGAUGCCAUACCUGCUCACCAGCCCCUUUCCCGACCCUCUUCGCCUCUUUUCUGACCGGCGAAUCCUGCACGCCUCAAGGCGGCCUGCCCUGAUCCCCUACGCGGACCCGCUCGUCUCGCGGGCCUCGCGCGUGCUCUUCCUACUCUACUACCUGGCAUUCCCGCACAUCGCCGAGAGUACGGUCCUGGAAAUUCCGAUGGCCGAGGGCGUGUCCUUCUCCUCCGGCGGCGGCAGCGGCCCCCCGCCGAUCCUCUUCCCCAGCUCCGUGUUCAUCGAGCUGCGAGCCGGCCAGGCACUGCAGGUGUAUGAAGCGUCGGUGACGUUGAGAGCCCGGCUGACGGGUCUGCGGUGGUUGAUGUGGCAGUACCGCAUUGCCACCUUCUUCGUCCUGACGACUGCCUUCUGGGCCUGCGAAGUCCUCUCCGCCGUGGUGAUGUGGAUGGCGCUGAGCAGCCUGGGUUCGUCGUCGUCGUCGUCGUCUCCGAUGCCGGCGCCGGGUCCCCGGUCGCUGCUGGAGAUGCUAUCGGAGGGCGAGGACAGCACUGAGACCGAGGGGGGGAACAAGAGCAAGGCCAAGAGGCACGCCAAGGUCUUGCGGAAGGCGAAGGAUAAGGCUAAAGGCGUGGAAUGGGGAAGAGGCAAAGACUUCAUGAUGGCGCUCCCGGCGGACAUCAAGCGCGACGAGAUCGAUGGCCGCAACGACCCCUUCCCCACCGACGCUCGUGGCAAGGAUGUCGAGGACAGAGCCACCGCCGACGCCCCUCAUAAGGAGGACAAGGACAGCGACUCCGCCGACGCUCCUCAUAAGGAGGACUCGGGGCUUAAGGGUCUCCACGCAGCCAGGCUGGCGGACAUGUCGCCCUUCACAUGGGCAGAUGCCUAUGUCGACGACGAGAAGGAUGAAGGGUAUGUGGGCAUGGGGACAGGUUAUAGCGCUGAUGAAAGAGUGAUAUCUCGGAGACAGCCGCUCACCCCGUGGGCGACCGCUUCGGCGGGGUAGCUUGGUUUCCUCUUUACUUUUUCAUUUUUUCUCCCCCAGCGAAUGUGUAUCUUCGUGUUAAUCUCCUGGUCUCUUGUGUUGUUUCACAAGUACAAGCUUACAGGAGCGGGCUGUGGACGUGGGAAAGUGGGCGUUAUGGGAGUAUUUGCAUUUCUAGAACGAUUUGAAGAAAUACCCAUAUGGCUACAAAAGACGUGUAAUCUACUAGCUACUACUCAUGCACUUGUUCCAAGUCUAGGCUGCCUGACUGCGAGUAAGCUUCUGGAUGGAUAACCAAAUAUUGUUAUUUCGAAUAUCAGUUCGAUGAUUACACUCCCU